AUGAACAACCGAGGCCAGGCCGUCCGAAGGUGUGCACAUGAUUCGCAUCGCAUCCCCAAGCUUGCCACAUCGAAAGCCCCUCAAAGACGUCGCCGCUACAAAGCCCACACGCUCGCUCGAUCGAUCGCCGAGGGAUCCUCGUCCAUACUUUCCGCCGAGUGGUCCAGGCCGUCCGCGUCUCCCUCCACCCAUGACCCCAAAGGCCCGUCGAGCAUCCCGUGA